AUUCAUUCAAGGAUUUAAUAAUAAGACACUUUGGAAAUGAGUACACACACAGAAGAGAAGAAGGAAGAAUGUCCGAAGUGUCCGGAGCCGUUUACCGCACCAGGAAAGUGUUUGGAUGAAGUACGUUUAGUUUUCGAUGAUCAACAAGAACUGUAUGUGUCACAAAACCUACUUAUACUGUCUUCACCAGUUUUUGAGGCCAUGUUUAAGAAUGAUUUCAAAGAAAAGCAGCAAUCAGCAGUCUUCUUGAAAGGAAAGAACUAUUCAGAAUUUCAUGCAUUUUUACUGUGUAUUAAUCCAGGGACAUUUAAGCCAGUUACAGAAGCCAAUGUUCUGUGUAUUGUACAUAUAGCGGAGGAAUAUCAAGUUGACACUAUCAUCCAAAGAUGCAAACUGAUUAUGAAAAACUGGCUCGAGAAAGAAUAUGUAUCUGCUAAAAGAAACAAUUCUUUGCCAGAGGAUUAUUUUUAUAGCGUAGAGCCAACAAGACAAUGUUUGAGUAUUCUUACGACGACUUUGGCACUGAAUUACAAAUCACUUGUAGACAACGCUGUGGACAUUCUCUCCAAAAUGCCACAUAGAAUAUACUAUGGUUCGUAUAAACCUGACACUCUCAGGACCAAUCAGCAUUCAAGUAAACUAGCAAUAAACGGGAAAAAAAUCACUGUUCGUGAAAUAAUUGAUGAAUGUAAAACAGUAUUCGAGACCCUUCCUGCAGAGCUUAGAUGUACAAUAUUAAGCAAAAAACUAGCAUUGUAUGAAGACAAUACCACAUUGUAGCUGUUCGUGCAAUAUCUAUAUGACACGAUGCUUUUUAAAGGUGUUAUUUUGCUUUACAGAAGACAGCGUUCAUUAAAAAUUAUUUAUCAAUACGAUAC